UCGCCUUACAUGAGCUAAAUUGGGAGUUGGAAUGUCAUGCAGAUGCCCCUUGUUCCCUACCCCCAUGUUAAAAUUAAUCUCCUCUCUGGGAAGUAAGGGACAAACAGUGCUGCCCAUAGAGGGAACAAGAGUCAUUUGGGGAACAAAAGAAAUUUCCAGGGACAGAGUCAUUCAGGGAGGGAGGGAUAGAUAAAGCUACAUGUGUCUGGCUGGGUUACAGAGCAAAGAAUAGAGAAGUGUCUGAAAACAGCUAUCUGAGGACGAGGUGAAUUGUUGGAGGAGGGGACAGGAGAGAUAGCAGAGCUAUUUCAAGAGUGAGCAGUAGAAGGGAACAAGAAUCCACGGACGGUCUAAGCGAGGAAGGGUCCAGAGGCAGUGAGGGAAGGCCAGGACCAGGGCCGAGGCCAGGGCAGGCACGAUCGCUGAGGGGAUGAACUUCACAGUGGGUUUCAAGCCGCUGCUAGGGGAUGCACACAGCAUGGACAACCUGGAGAAGCAGCUCAUCUGCCCCAUCUGCCUGGAGAUGUUCUCCAAACCAGUGGUGAUCCUGCCCUGCCAGCACAACCUGUGCCGCAAGUGUGCCAACGACGUCUUCCAGGCCUCGAACCCUCUGUGGCAAUCCCGGGGCUCCACCACUGUGUCUUCCGGAGGCCGUUUCCGUUGCCCAUCUUGCAGGCAUGAGGUUGUCCUGGACAGACAUGGCGUCUAUGGCCUGCAGCGAAACCUACUAGUGGAGAACAUUAUCGACAUUUACAAACAAGAGUCUUCCCGACCACUGCACUCCAAGGCUGAGCAGCACCUUAUGUGCGAGGAGCAUGAAGAGGAGAAGAUCAAUAUCUACUGCCUGAGCUGUGAAGUGCCCACCUGCUCUCUCUGUAAGGUCUUCGGUGCCCACAAGGACUGUGAGGUGGCCCCCCUGCCCACCAUUUACAAACGCCAGAAGAGUGAGCUCAGCGAUGGAAUCGCAAUGCUGGUGGCCGGCAACGACCGCGUGCAGGCAGUGAUCACACAGAUGGAGGAGGUGUGCCAGACCAUAGAGGACAACAGCCGGCGGCAGAAGCAGUUACUAACCCAGAGGUUCGAGGCCCUGUGCGCGGUGCUGGAAGAGCGCAAGGCUGAGUUGCUGCAGGCGCUGGCCCGCGAGCAGGAGCAGAAGCUGCAGCGCGUGCGGGGCCUCAUCCGCCAGUACGGAGACCACCUGGAGGCUUCCUCUAAGCUCGUGGAGUCGGCCAUCCAGUCCAUGGAGGAGCCACAGAUGGCGCUCUACCUCCAGCAGGCCAAGGAGCUGAUCAAUAAGGUCGGGACAAUGUCGAAAGUGGAGCUGGCAGGACGGCCAGAGCCGGGCUAUGAAAGCAUGGAUCAGUUCACCGUGAGCGUGGAGCACGUGGCCGAAAUGCUGAGGACCAUCGACUUCCAGGCGGGCGCUUCCGGAGAGGAAGAGGAUGAGGAGGUGGCGUUGGAGGGGGAAGAGGGCAGCGCGGGGCCAGAGGAAGAGCGGCCGGAUGGGCCGGAAGGCACCGGCGGGCACUGACCCGCCCCCGCUUUGGGGAGCCCGCGCACCUGGGGCCUGGCGCUCAGGUCGCGGAGGACCUGCGCAGAGACCACCGCGCCACACAGCUCGGCGCCCCGCCGCGGGGGAGGGACUCAAUAAAG